AUGGCACUCACCCAUGAGCUUGAGAAUGCCAAAUGUAACAAUGACACUGCUAGAGAGGUACUCCAUGGCUUAAUUGUUAAGCAUUUCAACAAGACCAACACAGAUGAAGGUGGAGAACAUGAUGAUGACAAGCCACCAAUGGUUAGUGGCUUCAAAGCUCAGCUAUUUAAACAAGGAGGACAAGUAGUACAUGGUGUACCCACUGUUGAAAUCAAAGAUCCUAUUGCUAGUUUCUAUACUAGGGAUCUGGUAGAGAAACAAACCAUUCUUGCAGUUAUAAACCCACAAGAUGGCUCAAUCUCCUUGCAAGCAAUCCCAGUCAAUCAUUAUGGAAAGUACAUCUCUUGGAGCACAACUGUUGAAAACAUGGACCCCAAAGACAUCAUAUGGGGAAGCAAAUAAGAAGGGUGGGAAGACCCUCUUACCUUCAAGCAAUUGGUAUACCAAUACAAAGAGAGGGCAAGUGAUUGAGAGUGGUUAGAUGAGGAUGAUUUUGCAGUUCACCCUGACAAACACUUAGUCAUACAAAAAUGGAAG